GCUUUGCAGCGUCCGAGGGCAGCGCAGCAGCUGCAGCGGCCGCCGCGGGAGGGGCCCGGAGCCCCGCCCCCGGGGAGGGGCCUUCCGCAGGUCUCCCCUCUACCCUCCACGCUGGGGAUGAAAUUUAGCAACAAGAAGGAGGCAGUUCACGCGGCGUUAAUGGACUGAGACUAAACCAAGACCCGGGUAAAGCUACCUAUUGGAGGUGAAAUCCCGCCCACUGAGCUCAGGCUCCUCCCCUGAGAGAGAGUUGUAAAAGACCCGCCCUCUCCGCUCGAAGGCCCCGCCCCUGGGCCUGAGUUGCUUUGGGUCCUGUCUAUACAGCUCCGCCCACCCCCGUCUUUGCUUCCGCUGCUGGGAGGUUCUGGUGGGGGGAGGUCCCGCCCCCUCGAUGUAGAGGCCUAGCCGGCUCCGCGCUCAGGGCCGCCCGAGUUUAAGUAGUAGAGGCCCCUCCCACUCGGCUCUAGGGCUCCAACCCUGGGUCUAAGUCGCAAAGGGUCAUGUUUGCAUAAACCCCGCCCGUUGUGCUCUUAGGCUCCGCCUUCGCGUAAGGCCCGCCCUAGCCUUUGGAGCCCAGGCUUAAGAAGACCUUGCUCCUGAACAGGCUGGUCCCUGAUUUUAGGCCCUACAGCCCUAUCCCCAUCAGCCUGGUAACCACCAGCAUCGCCUACCUCCCUCUGGGUUCCUGGGCCAGCAAGAUGCUGGAGCGAGAUGCAGAGUCCGCGGCCGGGGACACCGAUCCUAGUCCCACUGGCAAGGAACCGGUAACCAAGGGAGGAGCCCCCCACCAGGGCUCGCCGCAGGAGCCCAGCGAGCCGGUGCCAGGGCCUGCCACGUCCGCGGGGGCGCCUUCUCAACCCCGCCGGCGGCCCCCGCCCCAGCGCCCGCACCGCUGCCCUGACUGUGACAAGGCCUUCUCGUACCCGUCCAAGCUGGCCACGCACCGGCUGGCGCACGGCGGCGCCCGCCCCCAUCCGUGCCCCGAUUGCCCCAAGGCCUUCUCCUACCCCUCCAAGCUGGCAGCCCACCGCCUCACGCACAGUGGUGCCCGCCCACACCCAUGCCCACACUGCCCAAAGGCCUUUGGUCACCGCUCCAAGCUGGCAGCCCACCUCUGGACCCACGCGCCCGCCCGCCCCUACCCAUGCCCCGACUGCCCCAAGUCCUUCUGCUACCCCUCCAAGCUGGCAGCCCACCGCCACACGCACCAUGCCACCGAUGCCCGCCCCUAUCCUUGCCCGCACUGCCCCAAGGCUUUUUCAUUCCCCUCCAAACUGGCUGCCCAUCGCCUCUGUCACGACCCCCCGACGGCGCCAGGCAGCCAGGCCACAGCCCGGCAUCGCUGCUCCAGCUGCGACCAGGCCUUUGGCCAAAGACGCCUCCUGCUCCUUCACCAGCGCAGCCACCACCAGGCUGAGAGCCAGGGGGAGCGUGAGUGAGUCCUCCCCUUGGCUCACGGCCCCCUCUGCCACCAGCCCGGGUCAAUAAAGGGGCAGCAUUUUUAAGCUGGGCUGUAUGGACUUGCCUUGACCAGAUAGCUGGCAGGGAGACUGACUCCACACUGGGCUCCAACUUAUAAGGCUGAGGAACUCUUUGCUCACCUGUUUUGGGGGAGGGGAAGGUUGUAACCCACAGAAAGUUAGCGCUGGGCCCCAAACCACGGGCUUGGAGCUGGGGUUUGAAAGCAAGCCCUGGCUCUGGUUUUUCCCUAUUUAUAAGGCAAAAGUACAAAGUCUGCUAGCAGCGUUGGUUGCUGACGAAUGUGGGGAAACAGGGUCUCUCCUUAUUGUAAGUUAAAUUGGUGCCUCCAUCUUGGCCAUUUGACGGUCUGUAAAAAAUUUAAAAUGCUCACAUGCCCGUGUCAACUAUUCCACUUCUAGGAACUUACUCUAUAGAUAAACUCAAGCACUGAAAAAGGCAUAAGGAUUGUUCAUCUGUUCAAAAAGGCAUAAGGAUGUUGGGAAACCACCCAAGUGCCCAUCAAGAGGGGACCAGCUAAUGAAAUACAAUACAGCCAUAGAGUGGACUAUGUUGCUAUAGGGAAAAAACCUCCAUUUGUACAGAUGUGGAAUGAGUCCCUAAAUAUACGAAAUGAUAAAAGCAAGAACAAAGGGCAUACUGUCAAUAGUAUAAACAUUUUUUAAAGCUCAAGCUUUGGAGCUAGCCCUGACCCACUACUUAUAAGCCGGGGGGCCCUGGACAAGCUUUGUCACUUCUCUGGACUCAGAUGCCUUAUCUAUAACAUGGGAGUGCUAGGAGGCCUUUGUAAGGGCACAAGCAUCAUCUCUGGCAUCACUUCCCUUCUCGGAGCCUGUUUCUUCUGCUAUAAAAUAAGAAUGAGCUAACACUGGA